AUGUCCGGCUUUGCCACCAUCGAUCGAUUCCUCCUCUACUACCAACAAGCCAUCUUCAAGUCAGCACAAUCAUUCUUCUCAGCCAAAAUCCCUCACCCGCUCAAUCACCACGUCGGGGCAAUGAGUAAGGCCACCAUCGACCCAGGCUCGUCGGUAACAGGCCAGCACAGUGCUGCAGAGAUCGAAAAGCAGCCCACCAGUAAGAUCACGUCAGACACCAGCCUCACAGACACCACAGAUAGUUGGUCGCCACUAUCCAAUGUAUCAACGUUCCUGCCGGAUCAUGACCAGACCGGAUUGCCUGCUCAGCGAACACGGAAUUCCAGUAGGCCGCUUUCGCGACCUUGGAAGCCAACUUUGUUUCGUGCUGGGCCGCUGUCCGGUAUCUUAGCCAUGUUGGUAGCGUUGACGAGUAUCGUUGUAUCGCUUGCCAUACUUGUGGCGUCCGACGGUGCGGCAGUGUCCAGCUGGGAGGCUCAGCCCUCGAUCUAUCUAGCCAUCUGCACGGCUGUGGCAAACUUGGCGAUGCGAUACGCUUGCCUUCAGGGAGUGGUAAUAGCAUGGUGGACACGAGCGUUCAAAGGCUCUAUUACACUAGGAAAGCUCCACCAUGACUGGCGAUCUGGAUCGACUCUGAAGGGCGCAAUCCUCGCUGGACGCCACCUUGGACUCCUCAGCCUGGCCACAAUAUUCUCUACCGUCGUGGUCGUGGACGGCCCGCUGCUCCAGCAGUCCUCUGCGGUAAAAUCAGCGUCUUUCGACAGCGUCCCUCUCCCCCUCGAGAUUAUGAUCGCACAACAGAUCCCAAGAGGCUACAGCGGAUAUUGGGCGAGAGGUGAAGAUCUCGGGUUCGAUCAGACACCUUACAACGAGCAAUUCAAUACUACUAUGCCGGGACCCAAUGGAACUGAGGUGUCCAAUACGCUCUUUGUGACAGAGACUGAUCAAUUCGAACAAACUAUCGGACGUCCUUACCUCGCAGAUGACGGCAUUCCUGGCAUCACAUCCGGCUGUAAGGGCAGGUGUAGAGCUACGAUCAAUGCUCCUGCCUUCGCAUUAACAGAGUGUACGUCUCAUCAGCUCCCGGUGGAUUACCACCAGUCGGUGGGAUUUCUCAAAAGCCAGGCUUUGAAUAUCGCUCCGCCGCUGAACCAAGAGCUCUUCUUCGUCGCAGAGGUGCUUAUUACAGAGCCAGGCGGGCUGGAAACUGUUACUAUUUUGACGGGAUACUCGAAAACGAGGAACUGUGUCGGCACGCUCAAUUAUACUUCCUGCUCACUUCGAUCAGCCACCGCAAGAUACAACGUGACGAUCGAGCAGGAUCGCAUUACUCUCAUAAAUCCCGCUCAUCCACGCAUCAUAGCAUAUGCCAAUAACAGCCUCACCAACGGAACCGUAAUUCCCAGACUGUCAGGCUACAGCUCAACACUUGGUGGCAUCGUGACCAUAGACCAGAAAGCGUGGGCCUCUAUGGUGGCUGCCUUCAUUGAGCACUCCCGGCUCAGCUUUCAGAGGUUUACCAACGGCCAGGACGUGAACUAUCUACUCCCUGGCGAUGACACCUGCCGUUCGUACAACGACCCCUGGGAGGACGCGCUGGCAUCACUCAAUAAGCUCAUGGUGUACGUUGGCGCUGCCGCAGGACAAGAAAAUAUGGCUUUCCUGGAGGCGAGGAUGGAUCCUGGUGUAGCCGCACGCACGAAGACCAGCGUUACAGCGUACCAAAUCGGCGAACACAACGUCUUCCGUACGGACUACAAAUGGUUCGUCGCCGCUGCCAUUGUGGAACUCGUCUGUAUCUGCCUUGUUGCACCAACAUACUGGGGGUGGUGGAGGUUAGGCAGAUCGGUGUCGUUCUCGCCGCUGGAGAUCGCAAAGGCCUUCGAAGCACCAAUGCUUGCUGGAUGCCACUGGAACUCGUCUGGCCGCGAUGCUGCUCGGGCUGUGGGCGAUGUGAGGGUUCAGUAUGGCUUCACUGGCCCUCUUCCAGGCCCGGAGUCGACCAAGCUCGCCUUCAUGCAUCCCGCACCACAAGCGGGUUCAGAUACAUGCCACGAGACGGCUACAGAGAAGCAAAUGUGA